AUGAUGAGUGGAAAGAAAGCGCGCGGAGGAACAGCAACGGGAGCCGAGGUACCACGUCCCGCAGGGGACAACCUGAUCGCGGCGGGGGCACAGUGGUUGCCGUGCCUGACACUUAUCCAGGUUCUGGCAACCUUCAUCACGCUCCCCGACCGCCCGCGAUUGGCCGGGUAUAUUAAGAAAAGCUGGCUGUAUCUGGCCAGGUUCGAUACAAGGCGAUUUGGCAUGAAACAUUACAGUAUGUUAUCGCAUUUUUCCAUUUGA